AAAAAAGAAAAAAGGGGCAAAGAGUAUCUCGUUUAAAGUGAAUAACCCUAAACGAUUUCUUUUCUUGGAAGAUUAAGCACAUACUAAGCUUUUAGCCUCGUGGCGUAGUCUUAAUCCAAUAUAUAACCGUCCUUUCUAUAACAUGAUCUAUGUGAUUACACGAGAAGAAAAGAACUGACCUAUUUAAAUCAGAUUACUUCCCAUACCUACUUCUACCCAAAGUUCAUAUGUUAUUCACAUCUCUUCUUAAAUUCCAUAUGUGUUCAUCAUCCCAAGUUGAUAUCAUGUCAAAAUCCGAAAACAUCAACGAAUUCCAUGGAGCUGCGCCGAUGGAGGAUGACUACGCCGCAACACAUCCGAUAGAAUACAAAAUUCCGGGGUUUCUCGUUAACCCAACGAAACUCGCUCAGGUUUUACGGUCAAAGUUUGAAACUGGUCAAUAUACAGUGAAGCUUAGAAACGACAACUAUUCGAUAUCCGCUCCAACAAAGCUCACCAAGGACGAGCUCAUAAUGUGUCAUUGAGCUACAAGAAGGGCAUUCAUAUCAAGGAGUUCCUAUGAUUUCAGUUUUAUCUAGGCUAUCGAUGGGCAAUAAUCGUGAGAAUACCAUUUAGGAAUACUGUAAUAUUCAGCGAACUUUGAAUAGUUAUCUAUGGGUUGUACAAUGGAAACUUGAGAAAAUUCUCCAAUCUACCUAAUAUAGUAUGCACUUUUCAACCCUACUCUUCUUGAUCGCUCUUCAGUUGGUGAUUCAUAUCUAAUGAUAAGUUUUAAGGUAUUAGGUACGCGUCAAUUUAUGGAGAUAAAAUCUAAUGCUCUACGAAGAGUAACAGUCGAAUUUAAAUCGCAUUCCGCUCAGGAGGACUAGUACCUAAUACAGAUCCAGAGACGCAUUUGCUGUCCCAGGACAUAAGUAAUGUACUGAAUAAAG